UAUAAAAACCAACUCAACGCAGCUCCUUCCUACCACUUCUCUUCCCUCUUUCCUCUUUUGUGAGCAAGGUUAACCUUGUCCCGAGCCAUGUCCUGCUACGAGCGAUGUCCCCCCACCUCCUGCGGCCCCACGCCGCUGGCCAACAGCUGCAACGAGCCCUGCGUCCGGCAGUGCCAGGACUCCACCGUGGUCAUCCAGCCCUCGCCCGUGGUGGUCACCCUGCCCGGGCCCAUCCUCAGCUCCUUCCCGCAGAACACCACCGUGGGAUCCUCGGCGUCGGCGGCCGUCGGGAACGCUCUGAGCGCCGGCGGGGUCCCCAUCAACUCGGGGGGCAGCUCCUUGGGCUUUGGGGGUUUUGGCUACCCCGGGCUGGGCAGCGGCUACAGCCGGCCCUACCGGCGCUACAACCCCUCCCGCAGCGGCUUCUACGGGCCCUGCUGA